GAAACAAGUUAGAUCGAAUAGAACUUCUCAUGCUGGAGACUGAACCGUGAACCACACUCCAUCCAAGGCAAAAUGAUAAUAGAAGCCUUGGCACCGUAGCCAUACUGAUGUGCCCAUCAUUAUACUUUUUGCGUCUUGGACCUCAUACCUAAAGCAGUGCACCGUCAAGUGAUUGAAUCGAAGAUAGUUCAAUCACAGACAGGUUCACACUAGAACAACUGGAUUCUUAAGCUUCCAGCUUUGAUGUGGUGCAGUAUCAAGUCAAAUCCAAGAUGACGGAAGAGGUGAUUGUUGUUGCCAAGUUUGACUACACGGCCCAGCAGGAGCAGGAGCUGGACAUCAAGAAGAAUGAACGCCUCUGGCUGCUGGACGACUCCAAGUCCUGGUGGCGCGUACGCAACGCCACCAACAAGACUGGCUUUGUGCCCUCCAACUAUGUGGAGAGGAAAAACAGUGCAAGAAAAGCCUCGAUCGUCAAAAACCUCAAAGACACACUAGGGAUCGGCAAGGUGAAACGGAAAACCGGCAUGCGGGACACAGCCUCCAACGCAGACACAGACCAGUACGCUGACAAUGGCGAGCGCCUUUAUGACCUUAACCUGCCGGCACUUGUCAAGUUCAGCUACGCGGCUGAGCGCGAGGAUGAACUGUCGCUGGUCAAGGGAACGCGGGUGAUCGUCAUGGAGAAGUGCAGCGACGGCUGGUGGCGCGGCAGCUACGCGGGCCACUCCGGCUGGUUUCCCUCCAACUACGUGACGGAGGACAUGGACGGCACCGCGGCGCUGGGAUCGGGUGAGCCUGUCUCGUCGCUAUCCGAGAAGCUGGCAGCUGCCGUGCACGGUGCCUCGACCGGCGGCUACGCUUCCAACGGCAACAGCAGCUGCGGAGUUCUGCACACGGUGCAGGCCCUCUACCCCUUCAGCUCCACCAACGAGGAGGAGCUGCGCUUCGAGAAGGGCGAACUGAUGGAGGUGAUCGAGAAGCCCGAGAACGACCCCGAGUGGUGGAAGUGCCGAAAGGCAGACGGCCAGGUAGGCCUGGUACCCAAGAACUACGUGACUGUGCUGGCUGAGGCACCCAGUGUAGGCCCUCCCACUCCAGACUGCGACUACGUCCAGCCCUCUACGACUGGACGCUUCGCCGGCAAGCUGUGGUACUAUGGUAAGGUGACGCGGCACCAGGCGGAAGUGGCCCUCAACGAGCGUGGCACUGAGGGGGACUUCCUUAUCCGAGAUAGUGAAUCAUCGCCCAACGACUUCUCCAUCUCCUUAAAGGCCCAGGCAAAGAACAAGCAUUUCAAAGUGCAGUUGAAGGACACCCUCUACUGCAUAGGCCAGCGCAAGUUCAACUCGAUGGAGGAGCUGGUGGAACACUACAAAAAAGCGCCAAUCUUCACCAGUGAACAGGGGGACAAACUCUACCUGGUCAAAGCCCUCGCAGCUUCUUGAUCACUCCAGAAAUGUAAAACCUCGGCCUAAAAACUGACAAAACAGAAGAGACUACAUCCAAAAGAGACUUGUGGGGAAUAAUGAACAUUCCAAGUGAAGACGGAGUGAGAAGAGAAAAGAAUGACAAGAGAGAUUAAACGGGAGCGAGAAGUUGGACUAUGACUCAUUCUUAAGGACAUGGACACAUAAAAAUGUAUUAAGUCAUGUUUAGGUCAUAGGACACAACGUAUUUCAGCGUAUGUCAACAUAUACUAGAUCUACAUUUAGUUAAUUUUGUUAAUAUAUAUUCUUUUUCAUUUUCUUUUAAAAUGUGAUGCUUUCAUUCUUCCCAGGACUAACACGGGCACAGGGAUCUUUUCAACAUGGCAAACAAUCAUUGGGAGUUUUGAAAGAAACUGAGAUAAAUCGUGUUACACGAAUUGCUUAAGAAUUUAUGUACUUUUCCUGUCAUUCUGCCAAGCUGCAAACAUUUUGGAAAUAAUUUCAGACUCACCAUCUGCAACAUAAUGUUUGUGGAGAAGCUAAACUUUUGCUAAUAGUGCAAACAAAAUAAAAUCAAAAAUUGAA